AACAUUUUUGGAUGCCUAUCGCAGUUAAACCUCAUCGAAGAAGAAUGAUGCUCGAAAAUGAAAUAAUUUUAGAAUGUCUCUCGAUGUUACUUUUCAUUCCAUUGUCUCUUUGUUGCGUACAACUGUCGUGUUCUGUUUUACCACGCGAUUAGCCCGCGAGACAGGAUGACAAUUCUGAAAACAUUUACAUCUGUUUCUACUUAGCUAGCUAGCUCUCUAACCAUGAUUAUCUUUGUAGCAUGCUAACCUAUCCUCAUCAAGGUGGAAAGAAAAUCAUUCGACUGUUCUUUGAGACGCCUCAAGUAUGACGGAACCAGGACAGUUUGUUUCAAGUAGAGAAGAAAUAUCUACAUAUCUGCUGGAGGUGGAAGCUGCAAAGUAUCGGGAGAUUUGCAGCCAGUAUAAGUACAUGAGGAAAAUCAGGGGCGAUGGUAAUUGCUUUUACAGAGCCCUCUGCUUUGGACACCUGGAAUCAUUGUUGCAAAAUGAUAGAGCUUUGCAAAGAUUCAAAGAAACAGUGAAACAAAGUAGCAAAGAAUUAUUGGCUGCAGGCUUUGAUGAGAGCUCUUUCAAAGACAUGCUUGACAUGUUUGUAGGUGUCCUAGAACAAUGUGAAGCUGAUGAGCAGGGUGACGCGUUGCUCCAGCUCUUUAAUGAGCAAACUACCUCCGACAGUAUGGUGCAAUACCUCAGGCUGCUCACCUCAGCCUACCUGCAAAACCAUGCCGACUUCUUCAGCCACUUUGUGGAGGCACCCAGUCUCAAGGUUUACUGCACUCGGGAAGUGGAAACCAUGGCGAUGGAGUGUGAUCACGUAGAUAUUCUGGCUCUGUCGGAGGCCUUAGGAGUUAGCAUCCACAUUGCUUCCGUGGAGGGGGGAGACGGACACCGCCUGGCCCACCACACGAUUCCAGAGGGAGCGGAGCCCUGCCUACACCUCCUAUACAAAACAGCCCACUAUGACAUUCUCUACCCACAUUGCCAUUGAGGGGCUUGAUGAAGGCCUCCACUUAUCUCAGGUUUACCGGUAGUUAAGUGUUCAAAUAAAUGUACAUUGUGAUUAAGAAGUUUCUCAAACAAAAACGUUUCUAGCAUUGUUUUGUAAUUUACAGUGAACGCAUAUGCGGUAGACUCCGCUCGACUUUCUUGAAUGUCCAAAAAAAAGUAUUUAUUCAAAAACACGACUGAUAUCUUCUAAAAUCAUUUGUGAAAAUGUUAAUAAUUGCACUGUAUUUCCAUUUAUAUAAAUUCAAUCUCCAACAUUCUAAUUGAGACUACAAUCAUUUUUAACGCUGCUGCUGCUUUUUCUUUUGUUUCUGUCUUUCCUUCUGAUUGGAGACACUGGUCAAGGCCGUUUCCAAAGCAUGUAGGGGCAUGUUGGGCAGGGAGAGCUUACCCAUCUGUGUGGGGUACUUGGUCUUCAUCACAUUCUUGAAUAAAGGCUGAGAAAUCGGG